UUAUUUUUAGUCUUGAUGUCAUUAUUUCCAAAAUCAUUGGUUAAUUUGUUACAUAUUCAAACAGAUGGGACUUAUGCUUACGUUGAAGCAAGCGGCUCAAGAUCAGGAGAGACAGCAGUGUUUACUACUCCGCCAGUCAUGAUGAUGGCUGAACCUCAUUAUUGCCUGCGUUACUGGUAUAAUAUGUACGGAUCAGGAAGCGGAGCUAUUUGGAUAUAUUGGAACGCAGCCGGGGAGGCGCAACUAAGAAAAGUUGUGGACAAGCUUGCAGGUCAGCUGAGCAAAGACGGGAAUGAAUGGAAGGAAAGCACAACAACCUUGCGGUCGACGACUAUACAGAAACACUAUAGGCCUGUCGUGUUCGAAUUUCGUGGAAUCCGAGGAACCAGCUAUAAAUCAGACAUUGCAAUUGACGACAUUCUAUUGCUUCCAGGAAAAUGCGAAGCUAGGAAACUUUCUAAAACUGCAACCACUAUGACGAUGAGAGGGAUUAUGACGACACCAGCACCCCUAACAACAACAACAGAAUCGUGGAAAGCUUCGGAUCCCGAUUAUAUCAAGUGUGGGGACGAUUAUGCCAACAUUAAAAAACAACUCUGUUGCAAUAAUGUAAAAAGGCCUAGAUUGAACAGGGGUACUCGAUGUUGUGGGGAGAGGACUUACCAUAACAUAAUGGAAGUAUGCUGCGGCGGAGUUGGCAGAUCAAUUAAUGAUUACGGAUGCUGUCGGGGUCGAAUCUCUUACAAGAAGCGAGAAAAGGGUUGUUGCAACAAUUAUUCAACUUUUGACCUGAUGAAGGAAGAAUGUGUGAACCAAGAAAUAAGAAAAAGAAGAGAUCCAUUGACAGCAACACCACGACGGAGAAAUAGAGGGAAAAGAUCAGUUAUGUCGAGAUGGAGUUUUCCGCCAAGCAUUUUUGAAUAAAUUAUAUUUGGGAACUCUAUAAGAUGAUUAUAUUUGGGAACACCGAUUUUAGGCGUGUUUUUCUGGCAUGAUGAUAGUAUUUGAAUAUCAUUCUUUUUUCUUAACUUGGAAUACAGAAAAUACAGUUUUGUAUAGAAAGAUGAUAAAUAAACCAAUGUGCAACUAAAU